GCGGCUGCGGCCCGGCGGGCGGGCGGAGAUGCGGCGGCCGGCGGGCUGAGCGGCCGGGCGGGGAUGCGCGCUGCGCCGCGCAGCCAUGUCGCGGGUGAGCGGCCCCGGGCCGGCCGGCAGCGCCAAGGAGAAGCGCUCCUUCAGCAAGCGGCUCUUCCGCGGGCGGGCGGCGGGCGGCGGCGCCGGCUCGGCCCCCGCCUCCGCCGCCGCCGCCCCGGCCGCGGCCCCGUCCGGGCGGUCGCUCGGCGGGUUCAUGAGCCGCGUGCUGAAGACCCUCUCCACCCUCUCGCACUACAGCAGCGAGCCCGAGCCCCGCGGCCCGCACGCCCCGCGCCUGCCCCCGCCGCAGGCGGCCGGCGGCCUGGGCAGCUGCUUCCCGCCGGGCCCGCCGCGCAGCCCCGAGCCCCCGCCGCGGCCCGCGGGCGGCCCCGAGGCCGUGCCCGGCGUGGCGGGGCUGCGCAACCACGGCAACACCUGCUUCAUGAACGCCAUCCUGCAGUGCCUCAGCAACACCGAGCUCUUCGCCGAGUUCCUGGCGCUGGAGCAGUUCCGCGGCGGGCCGCCCCCCGCCGCCCCCAGCCCCGCCGCCGACGGCCCGCCGCCCGCGCCCGGCGAGGUCACCGAGCAGCUGGCGCAGCUGGUGCGGGCGCUCUGGACGCUGGAGUACACCCCGCAGCACAGCCGCGACUUCAAGAACAUUGUGUCCAAGAACGCUAUGCAGUACCGUGGGAAUGCCCAGCACGAUGCGCAGGAAUUCCUGCUUUGGCUUCUAGACAGAGUCCAUGAAGAUCUGAACAAUGUAGUGAAUUACAGUGGCAUGCCUCCACUCAAGCCACCGCUGGAGGAUGAUGUGCUGCUCGAGGGACCAGCCUUUCCAAUCAGUAGUACUUUCGUGCAGGAACUCUUUCAAGCCCAGUACAGGUCCUCUCUGACGUGCCCUCAUUGCCAGAAGCAGAGUAACACCUUUGACCCUUUUCUCUGCAUCUCUCUGCCGAUUCCUUUGCCUCAUACACGGCCACUCUACGUCACCGUGGUGUACCAGGGGAAGUGCUCUCACUGCAUGCGGAUCGGGGUGGCGGUGCCCAUCUCUGGAACGGUGGCCAGGCUGCGGGAGGCUGUCUCCUCAGAAACCAAGAUACCCACGGAGCAGAUCGUGCUGACGGAGAUGUACUACGAUGGGUUUCAUCGUUCCUUCUGCGAUACUGAUGACCUGGACACCAUUCAUGAAAGUGACUGCAUUUUUGCCUUUGAGACCCCAGAGAUAUUUAGGCCCGAGGGUAUCCUCAGUCAGAGAGGAAUACAUGUGAACAAUAACCUGAAUAACUUGAAAUGUGGCACUGAGCACUCCCGAACAAUAUCUUACUCUCAAGGAACAGUGAAGUCUGGAAAACUGGAACAGUCCUCUACUAAACCAGCAGCAAACGACAAGAUUGUCUUGCUGGUGUGUAACAGAGCGUGCACUGGACAGCAGAGCAAAAGGUUUGGCUUGCCCUUUGUGUUGCAUUUGGAAAAAACAAUUGCUUGGGAUAUUCUACAGAAGGAAAUUCUGGAGAAGAUGCAGUAUUUCCUGCGGCCUGCAGCCUGCAUGCAGGUUUGCCCAUUCAGCUUGCGAGUGGUCAGUGUUGUGGGGAUAACGUACUUGCUACCUCAGGAGGAGCGACCCCUCUGCCAUCCAACUGUGGAAAGGGCAUUGAAGUCAUGUGGACAGGGGGGAACUGCUCAUGUGAAAUUAGUGGUAGAAUGGGACAAAGAAACUAAAGAUUACUUGUUUGUGAAUACAGAAGAGGAGUAUAUUCCAGACUCCGAAAGUGUCCGCCAGCAGAGAGAGCUUCAUCAUCAACCUCAGACCUGCACUUUAUCUCAGUGUUUCCAACUGUACACCAAAGAGGAACAGCUUGCCCCAGAUGACGCAUGGCGAUGCCCACACUGCAAGCAGCUGCAGCAGGGUAGCAUCACACUGAGCCUCUGGACCUUACCUGAUGUUCUCAUCGUACAUCUCAAAAGGUUUAGACAGGAAGGAGACCGAAGGAUGAAACUUCAAAACAUGGUUAAAUUCCCGCUGAGUGGCUUGGACAUGACUCCCCAUGUUGUUAAACGCAGUCAGAGCAGCUGGAGUCUGCCAUCUCAUUGGUCACCCUGGAGGAGACCUUAUGGUCUUGGAAGGGAUCCUGAGGACUAUAUCUAUGACCUGUAUGCUGUCUGCAAUCAUCACGGCACCAUGCAAGGGGGACACUAUACAGCAUAUUGCAAAAACUCGGUUGAUGGCCAGUGGUACUGCUUUGAUGACAGUGAUGUUCAGCAACUUUCUGAAAAUGAAGUCUGCAAGCAGACAGCUUAUAUUCUUUUCUACCAGAGGCGCACAGCAAUCCCAUCGUGGUCUGCUAACAGCUCUGUGGCAGGCUCCACAAGCUCCUCGCUCUGUGAGCACUGGGUCAGCCGUCUUCCUGGUAGCAAGCAGCCCAGCAUUGCUUCGGCAGCAUCAUCACGACGCACGUCUCUGGCUUCACUCUCGGAAUCGGUAGAGCUGACUGGGGAAAGGAGUGAAGAUGAUGGAGGAUUUUCAACUCGGCCAUUUGUAAGAAGUGUCCAGCGUCAGAGCUUGUCAUCUAGAUCAUCUGUCACCAGCCCACUGGCAGUGAGUGAAAAUGGUGUUAGGCCCUCAUGGUCACUCUCUGCAAAACUGCAGUUCCGCUCCAACUCUCCGUCACGCUUCUCUGGAGAUUCCCCUGUACAUACCUCUGCUUCCACCCUGGAGAAGAUUGGGGAGGCUGCUGAUGAUAAAGUCUCCACCUCUUGCUUUGGCAGCCUGAGGAAUCUCUCUAGCAGCUACUUGGAGCCCUGUGAUGGCAGUCGGCGAGAGCACAGGACAGCUCGCAGAGCUCCUUUGGCUGUCAUGGAAGGGGCAUUCAGGGAAGAGUCUGUUGUAAGGACAUCUAGCUCAGAUCUUUCAGAUGGGUAUGGUAAAAGCUCUGUGCAGCCAGACAGGAAUCACCCUGCUUUGGACCCUUUUGAUAACAACAAUCAAAUUGCCUUUGUUGAUCAGAGUGAUUCUGUGGAUAGCUCUCCAGUCAAGGAGGUGAAAGCCCCCAGUGCGAUAGGGCUCGCUGCAGAGAAGGCAGAUGGCACCCCUAAGAAGGUUCACAGCUCCAAGGGAGUUUCUGAGCCAGACAAAAGUUUGAGGAAGGGAAGGACAGUCUUAUCUACCCAAGAGACCAAAGUCUCUCACUCUUCUCCUCCACCACUAAAGAGUUCCCAGAAAGUUUCCCGGUCUAGAAGUAAGACGGACUCCUCUAGGGCCAGUGGGCGACAUGGGUCUCCUGCUCCCACUCAGGCUAGGAAGGACCAUAGCGUGAAGCCCCUUGAGGUGGCUGUCCAAUCGGCUCAGCAGAAGCAAAAGUCAGGUUCUUCUCCAUCCUCCACAGCUGCCAAGAAAACCCCAUCAGGCUCAUUGACUAAGGGCUCUUCUGCUGGGAAAAGCCGGACUUCAGACCGAAGCCUCAGCAGGGAGGGCUCUAAGAUAAGUUUGGGGUCGGAUAAAACAAGCAUUACCAGCAGUUCAAGAACGAGCUCCCCACGGAUAAGCCACUCUAGGAGUGACAGCAGGGCAGUAGACAGCAAGCAUGUGCGGAGUUCCUCUAUGGCCAACCUGCGGUCCCCAAAUGUUGGUGUGCGUUCUGGUUUGAAGAGGGACAGCAAGUCAGAAGAGAAAGGAUUGUCUUUCUUUAAAUCAGCCUUAAGGCAGAAGGAGACCCGGAGGUCAGCAGACCUGGGAAAGACAACGAUGCUCUCAAAAAAGACAGGGAGUGGCAGUUCCAAGUUAGGCAGUAAAAAUGUGCUGGAAGACAAAUCAGAGAAAGGUGUUGUCCCACCAGCCUCUCAAACCAAUGCCAACAUUACUGCAAAAGAAAAACUUGUCCCCAAAGAUGCCACACCCAACAAACAUUCUCUGCUAUCCAGUCGCAAGUCCAAGUCUUCCCAGCUAGAUCCCGGAGUCCAGUCUCCUCCUUCCAGUGGCAAGCAAUCUGCUGACAAGCCGCUGAAAAAAUUACCUUCCAGCAUGCAGGUGUCUGUACGGCCUUCUCUGGAACCUCAGUGAAAUGCUGCAAUCCAGGUGUCUUUUCUUCUGCUGAGAAGCUAAUUUAUUCUGAGCUCUUGUUUUUUUGUUCAUGUGCCUAAUGUAUGUUUUGAGGAGAAGUUAACUGCAAGUUGUUAAAGCGCCUUUUGAUUCUGCCAUCAAACCAAAUAGCUACAGGCAGCCAGGACUGAUGCAAGUAGUCUAGCUGGAGUCAUUGUUGAACAUGAAUGCAGCUGUCCCAUAGCACUUGUACAGGAGUCUCUUUAUGGAAAAUGCAACAACUUUCUUCAGAUUCAAGGUUUGAAAUCUGAAACCCAGUUGUACUGACGCUAGUGUGCUUUGUAGAGCUGUGAACUGAUAUUCCUUUGGUCUUGUUCCGAGCAGGCUGUGUCCACGCUGGUAUACGGCCUUGUUCUAAGCUGUGGAGGAUGCGAAGGAAACUGGAGAGACUGCCGCUUCUUUUUGCUCUCAACCCUCUCUCCCUGCUCCCUUCCAUUUUUCAAGCUUUCUAAAGGGCAAUAUUUCAACACUAAUGUUGUUUCUCAGGUAUAUACUCAGCCAGUAUAGGAGGGACUAGCAUUAGUGGGUGGACAGAAAGGUACCUGUGAGUCUGUGUGUACACGUGUUUGUCAUAGACUUCAUUUUUGCAUUCCAACAGCAGAAAGUUGGGGUUUUUUCCAUGAAAUGUAACCUGCAUUUUUUGUUGCUAUGUCUACGAAGAGUUUUACUCUGUCCACACCUAAGGCAACCUCUGCCCUAUCCUCUUUAAUUAUUCUCUCUUUUGAAACACUAUACUAAGCAACAGAAGAAAUCGCUAAGCAGCAGCUGGUUGCCAGCUCGUACCUGUGAAAGUGCUAGGUGGGAGAUGGUUGCAGUGCCAUAGGAGAGCUGUCUUCAUGCACCUGAAUGGCAGUGAUGCUGUUAGGACCCCUGUUCAAACUCCUGAGAAGAAGCGUUUCCUAAUGUGCUCAGAUGCUUAAUCGUAGUGGUGUGAAUAUAGCAUCUGUUAUUUAUAGGAGUAAUGUUUAGAUAAGCCAAGUGUCGUCUUGUCUUCUCUGCCUUCUCUGAGCAUGCUUUGAACAAGCCUCUUCGUGUGGGUUGGAGCAGCUGUACCAAAAUACUGCAGAGCAGUUUUCACAUUCUCCAGAGCGCUGCUACGUUCCUCCCUUCAGCAUGCUUGUCACCUUCCCCGGUGGGUCUGGCUACCACAAGUCUCUUCGCAAAAUGAUUCCCAUUCUUGUUUGGAUGACAGUCUCUAUCAGGGUUAAAACACUGCAUCUAGUGACGUCUUUGUUUACAUGCCCUUCUUACAGGGGAGAUUCCUCAAGUUCUUUAAGAUUCCUCUUAAAAGGUGGAUUCCUUAAGUCCUUUUAUAUACAUGUGGUGUAAGCUUUUAUUUCAUGAGUUUUUAUUAAUGUGCUGCAUAUCGUUUAUGUACAGCAGCAAUCUGUCGUGUAGGUCACGACAUGCAGCGGCUGGGCAGUGGGCAGUGUGCUGGGCACGCUUGUCUUCUGAAUGAGGUCUUUGCCUGUCAUACAGUCUUGUGUAGCAAAGCUUCUCCAGGCUUAGCUUGUGGACAGACAUAUUUGUACAUCUUUUCUGUCAACGUAACAAACAGCCCUCAGACAAGUAGUGACUCUGAGUUAGUCUGUUCCACCUCCUCUCUUGAGCUGAUGUGCUGAUGACCCUGCAAGAAGCCUUGCACCCAGGUCUGCUGGGCACGUUGCUGCUCCGUGAUUACUUUUUAUACUUGGCUCACCACACAACUGCAGCAAGCUUUGGAGAGAAGUGUUUUGGGGGUGGCUAACACCUUGGAGAAAAGGCAGCGUGUAUGUGGAGCUGAGCUGGGGGUGCCCCAGACCUCUGGUCAGUGUGUGACGGUGAGCCCACCUGCAGUAUAACCCUCGCUCUGUCCCGAUGUUGUUCUGCAGUACUUGCCUUCAUGCAACCCAGAAGCAAUGCCAGUAACCUGCAUGUUUUUGCAAUGUGCUGGACUCUGUGCCCUGGACUAUGUUUUUAAACCUGAACAUGACCAUCUUCUUGAUGCAUUUCUUCUCCCGGGUAUUGUUUCAGUCUCAUUUAUAGCAGCAACAAGAAGCAAAGAUUGCAUUACUUGCUUCUUAAAUGUAUGACUUGGAUUAUUGUUGGAUUAUUUUUUGUUAUAUCCAGCAGAGCAGAUAAGACUUGCUUCACACUGUAGUACUUAAAUUACUCCCUGAAAUGUUGAUGUUGAAGUAUUUGUUUAAGGUUUUAUCUGUAUUAAGGUCUUGCACUGUGUCGGCUCUUCUCUUGUAACAACUCUUCUAGCAAGAAUGUAAUUCUGGUAGCUAGUGCUAACUUGGUUUGGUAUCUUUUAAUAGACAGAACCUAGUUUUCUGUGCGUUUUACCAUGGGACAUUUGUGAAAGGUUAUUUUUAUCAAAUGACAUUUUCUUUUCAUGCUGUUGUUCACUGAAGAAGUUUAAACUGGAAGCUGGUGUAUGGUUUUUGAGGUGUUUUUGCUCCUGUAUUGCAUGCCUGGACUGAAGGAAAUUUGAAGCCAUGUCCAAACUGGAGUUUUUCGCUGAACGCCAGUUCAAUAUGUUUGUGUUUGGGGCAUGAGAAUGGUCAUUAGAGCUCCCAUUUGGACAAAAUGGAAAUGGAGAUCCUGGUGUCAGGUGUUCCAGCAGCUGAUGUUAAAAGCAGUUGAACCUCUGCAAUCCUAUGAUAUGUAAUCUAGCUCUUUUUCUGUGUAUUCCCCAUAAUUCCUGAUGGAAAUUUCUGCCAGCUCCAGCACUAUCUACUCUGUGUAUGCUGCCAAACUGGAUUUUGUAUCUGCCCCUCUGAAAACAGCAGCUUUGGUGCACAGGCUCCUCACUCUGCAAGUGAGCAUGGAGUGGGCAGAAGAGGCUGUACUGACAGUGCCCUCGUCUUAGAGCAGAUGAGAUGCUGCUCUUUUGUGGUGGGCUGCCAGCAUGUGGCAUGUUUUCUGGCUCGGGAGGGCUUGACUUAGGGUGUCCUCAAGCAAAAUAUUUUGACUUACAAGGGUGCACUGUAGUUCAUGUUGAAUAUAAGGCCCACACCGGGCAAAGUGUGCAAAACAUGCCCUUGCAGGACCUGGAAAGUGCAGUCCCUGUUUGGUGGCUGUGUCGAUUCUGUAACAAAGCAGUUUGGAAAGCAGCCGUUUGCUGCCAUUCUGCAUCUCUGCUUUUUGGUAUCGCAGAUUUCCAGUAGUAUACGAACUUCCUUGCACAGGAGAGGGUUUGAAAGGUGUGGGUCCAGGAGACAACAAUGUUCAUAGUGAGUGUAAAACCAAGCCUCGUUGCUGUUAAAGUCAUGGCUCCAUCAGUGAUGUAGAGUAAAUCUUUCUAAAACUGAAUGUAGGUUAUUGCAGGCCCUAUUUAAACUGAUUUGGGGAAAAGCAACAUCAGUCUUCUCUCCUUGCUUUAAAGCAGACUUAUUUCUUAGCCCUUUCAUGCAUAGGAAUUCCUGUCUGUGUAUUGCGUUGUCCAGAUGUAAGGAUGUGGCACGAUACUAGGGAACACUCCAGAGAGGGAGCUUCCACGUCCUAGAUGCCAACACCACCUUGGCUUUGUGUAUUGAUCCUUAGAGCAGUGAAGGCUUCAGGCUGUUCUGAAGCAGCCACUUGUACAUGGUCACCUCUUUUCUUAAAAAUCAUGUUUGGCUUCAGAAGCACUCGUGCCUGUGGAGGAGGUGGGUUCUGCCAUCUUCCCAAGGUCACUGCUGGCCAGGGAUCUCCACCUGCCCUUGGGUGGUGGCACGUGGGGCCCAGAGGUCUCGUGGCUGGCCAUCUGAGUGGGACAAGAAUGGCUGCUGUCUGGUUCCGCUUUGCCAGUCACGCGCAGCCAUGGCACGUGUGGAACGGCCUGUGGUGUGGCUGCCCGCGGGGUGAGCUGUCCUGGCUUGGGGGUGGUGGAGUCUGGGACCCCAGUGCCGAUGACCUGGAAGCAAAGGUUUUACAGGGCAGCCUCACGCUGGUGAGAAUGCCUUGAAAGGGGGAGGUCCAGCACUGUCCCUCUGCUCAAACAGUGUGCAAGCUCCAAAGAAAAGCAGGCUUCAAGUCCUCGGAAGGAUUUUAUGAUGCGUUUCCAACAAACUUUGGGUUGAACUCACCUCCAUCGGCCAUGUGUAACUUGUAUUUCACACCACAUCCCUAGUCUGACACUUGCUCCUGUUCCUGGAAUCAGCCCUCUGGGCGCAGGAAAGCAGCGCCUUCAUUCCAGUGCUAGAUUCCUGCUGGAGUCACCUAAAGAAAUUAUUUUUACCCUUUUUGGGCUGCGUCUUUUGGAUAGUGUUUAGUAGUAUACAAAUUAUAAGCACAUUUUCAAUGACGUGAAUUAAAGAGGCACCUUUUAUUUGUAUUAAUCACAUUUGAUAGACAAUUUGGUGCCUGCAGUUCUCUGUAACUUAUAAGUGUCUCACUUCGGGUGUAUAAAUUGUUAACCCUUUCAAACUUAUCAAAUAUGGCUAAAUAAAAAAAAGAUGCUUAGGAUAGAAAAUUAGCAGCUUAAUUACAGUACACUUAUUCCACUGUAAGUGCCCUCAUCCAUCUUAGCUGCAGGGUUGUUUGCUUUCCAAAGCUGAAACUUGAGCAUGAUCAACCUUUUUUUUUUUUUUUUUUUUUUUCUUCUCCUCAGUAAUAAGGGCAGUUUUGCAUGGCAGUUCUCUUGCUGUACCCAAAUGCAUGCACUUCCUAACUAUGCAAGCAUCUAAUACAAACCACAGACCGUGCUUUCAGUAUCAGAAUCUGCUCGGUAGACUCCAGAGCACUGCCUUGAGUCUGUACUUCUGUUUCUCGGUGCAGCUGCGUGUCAGCACAUAGGAGCAUGUCCCUGGGUUCUUGCUUUGUUUGCACAUCUUUGAUUCUUUCCUUUGCAGAAUUCUGCAUUACUGACAAGGCUGGAGUGUAGCAUAAUGUCAAAGGGAUCUGAAAUGUUGAAAUGAGAACAAACUGGUUUUCUGUAUUGUAUUGUUUUUUCUUUUUUUAACAGGGAAAACCUGAUCAGUGUUCUGUAUGUAGCCUGCCAUUUUCCAUGUAACUUUAAUGACAUGUUCUACGUUGUGAGAAGAGGCAGUCACCUGUAGCCGUAUAAGCACCCAAAAACAGAGUUUUUGUUGCAUUUCCAUGCUACGGGAGCGGUUUCCAGUUGUCGGUGUGGUGCCCAUACUGGUAACGGGGCUUCUGCCUGCCUUCCCGGGGAGAGCCGGGCCGGGCCCCAGCGGCCCACGGGGGUGGCCGUGCUUCCCAUUCGUGCUCCAGAACCGUGGUGGCGUUUGCAUUCCUGAGCCGCGCUGCCGUUGGACUGCAGAUCCCACCGGGGUGGUUGUACGCACGGCGGGGCCGGCCGGGGUCGUAGCCCGUGAGGCACACCGGGCAGCUUGCCUGCUCGGGGUGGCUGGCGUGGGGGCAGGUUGGCAAGGUCUCGCGAGCAGCGUGUUUGGUUGUAGCGAGAAGCGUAGGUCCCGGGAUUCCUCCUGGGCUGCCGGGCUGUGCCCCUGCGAGGGACCACCGCGCAGCACCCUUGUCUUCGCAGAGCAGCCGGCCCGAGCAGUGGCUGGGUGUCAGGCAGGUUCUUGGCCCCACUCCCCCCGCGGGCUCUCUGCCUGUCCCCCCUGGUCAGCGGGCACAGAGAGGGUUUGGAAACAACAUUCCAAAUAAUUUUACGGUUAUCUUUUUUUGUAUCCUUGUCAUUUGCCUACUAAUCCAAAAUAAUUUGGCGGUAUCUAAUGUUACCUGUGGAGGGAACUGAAAUUUAGUUUUAAUCUGUGGUGAGAUGAAAGUACUACAUGGUUUUCUUAAUAAAAGCACCGUAAAGCAUUUACUAUUAGGAGCUUUAUUUUGUAAAAUAAAAGUACCUGAAGACUUGUACAAUAUCUAUAUUAGGUCUAAAGGUUUUAGGGAGUCUUCUAUUUUUUUAAAGGCGAUAGCACUCAAUUUAUCUGCAAAUAGUGUUUUUUAAAAGACACAGAUUAAAACUAAGUGUAAACACAAAUUCUGUUUCACUCUAGGCCCUGCAGCACAAACGCGUUGCAAGAAAGUUAGCGUUAGGUUUGUAUGGCAUUUGUGCAGUGCAAUAAGAAACCAUUUUUAGGUGCUACAUUGCCUUGGGUAGGGGUGACACAAGGGAAUACAGGCUACAAGUGGCUAGAUUAUUUUCUUGUGGCCUUCCAAGUAUUAAUUUGUACAGGUUUGCUCACCAACUGUGCCUCACCAUUGGUUAAAAUUGAAUUUUAAGUCCUGUUGCAAAUGCAGUUUCUCUUCUGGACACAAUGUCAGAUUUUACACUGGAAUAUCUACAGUUCUAAAAACUGCAUGUCACAUCACUGUACACUGAUACUGGGACGUGGGGCUUGCCCACACCUUUGAUAUUCUCUUCUGUAUUUUAAUGUUUUUGAACUGUACAGUAAUCUGGAAAGCAGGCUGUCUUUACUUGGGAUUGAACAUUGUACCAUAAAUUUUAAAUUAUUUGAGGACAAGUGCAUGAGACUGUGUCAAUGCCUUUUAUUAUUUAUUUGUAUGUUUUAUUAUUCGAGGUGUAUGCACUUUUAAUAUGCAGAAUUUAUAUUUUUAUGUUAAAAAUCAUUUUCUUUCAGAAAGAAGAGUUUGAAUAUGAGGAAUUGGAAUUAAGUGCAAAAAGGGGAAUAUGUAAUAAAAUACAAUAAAUUUAUUACUAGGCA